CUCUCCAGAUCUGCAUCGGCCGUGUCAGCCGCUGGCGGGUGCUGUCUUUGCCAUGUUCCGCUCUCCCGCCCCGCUCACCCACCGGCUCGCUGCCAGAGAUGUCGUCAAUACGCCUCCUCCAACCGAGUCGAUCAGGAAGAACUUUUCCGGGCCUCUUCCGACUCCAGGCCGCCGACCGACAGGUUCCAAGGAAGCUCCUCUUGCUCCACAUUUUGGCGUGAAUCUGUCCAAGCCGCUCGCCCCGCUCGCCCCAGCCGCCUCCACUGCACCUGCCGGCUCCAUAUCCACCGUCGGCACUGGCAAUGCUGCUGCUCCAUCGCUGCCGAGCAGGAACCAGAGCUGGACCCAGCCCACUCGCCCAUCCAAGGUCAAGUCCAUCCAGCCGUGGGAGCAUCCGGCGUUCCGAGACAUUACCACGCAGCGAUACAAGCUCGAGCUCAAUGACGUUGACUUGGCCAUCCUGGCCUACAACGGCGUCGCCGUCGCGGUGUUGAUCGCUGUGCGCCAGUUCCAGAUUCCCAGAAGCUUGGUCAGAGCACUCAUCUGGAGUUUUGUGCAGUCACCCAAGCGAUAUGUCUGGCAGGGCGAUAUGAUAACCGGUUGCAUCCUGUGGAUCGUCUUUGGAAUGAUUGUUGUGUGCUCAAUCAACGUGCUCUCGGUGCUGAUGAAGAUCAUGUCACCUCUGAGCCCUCCGCUGCGCUACGACCUCUCGCCAUCCGAAAGAGAAGUCCUUGGCGUCAAAGCUCCAGUCCCCGAUCGUGAAGCCGAUCAGCCUCUCAUCAAAAUCAAUCCACCAAGCAAAGAAAAGUCUCCCAAGAAACCCACGGCAGCAGCGACUGGCAAACCCAACGAGCCCCUCACUUUCAAACCCAGCGCACCCCAGGUCGCCCGACCCAGCCUCUCUCUCCAACCCCGCAGUCAAAGCCCCAACAAACCUGCGGUGCCUGAAGCACUCGCAGCUGAGCCCCCAGCAGAGAUCUUGAAGGCCAAGAAGCUCUAUGGCUCUGGCGCCUUCCACACGGAAGAGCCCAUCCGCGACCAAACCACGCUGAGCAAACUCUUCAGCGAAUCCGAGAACGUCGUCGCUGCCGCCGCUAUUUCGCCGCCGCCGGUCCCGUUGCCUGUCACUCGCGGCCAAUUUGGUAUUCCCAAGUUCCAGACUGCAACAAAGUCUCUGGUGAACCCAACUUCUUCCAAAGCCAAUAUGAAGGCGACGGACCCAAAUGCCUCCGAUGCCGACGCCCGGGGACAGCCAAGUCUAGCCAAGAUCAUCCGGAACCACUCCGACAUCCGGAUCGAAAAUGGGAUGCAAUACGCCGAGCCCGAGAUUAUUCUCGACAAGCUGAAUCUGAACGAAUAUAUGGAUGAAUGGCGAGACCGCAUGCGCAAAUGGCUUGCUGUCAAGGUCGUCGAGCCGCUGGCUAAGCGAAUCCAGGACUGCGACGAUCUCUUCAAGAAGGAGAAUGUGGCUCACCUCGACUGCCGCUCGGCUGUCUUCACACUCGAUACCGCCGUGGCCCCAGCGCCGCCAGUCGCUAGCACCUUUUCAGGAGCUACGGGUAUUUUCGCCAAACCCGGAGCCUCGACAUUCGGCUUGGGCCAAGUGGCUCCUGCUGCGUCUGCUCAGCCGCCAAAUAUGAGCCUGCAUGACUUGUUCCAAAGACACGGAAACCUGCCUCAAGUCAAAGAGCGUCGGAUUCUGGAGUCGUAUUUGAAUGUCCCUGGCACAGAUGCAUCAAAUCGACGGUAUAUUGUUGAACGAAUCAUUGCUCUUGGAAAGGGUGGCUGUCUUUCGACCUACAACUGGUUGCACGGUAUGAAGUUUAACAAUAAGGGCUUCACCUCGGCCAUGGGACCAUGCGACGCACUGCUGCUCAUGCAUCUCUUCUGCCAAUACAUGAACGAGAACAUCAACUGGAGCGAGAGCGGUGCCUCCCAAGGAGCCGUGUUCACACAGCAAUACUUUGUUCCCAGUUUGGAGGCCCCGAUCGACCCAACGCGCUCCAUCCAGAUUCGACAGACCAACAAGUAUCCCCCUCACUUCCAGCUUAUUGUGGAGAACAUGAUCUGGGACAUUCACUCGAAACGUAACAAUCUGCUCGACACUCUCUGCAUCUUUGCCCAUUACAUCAACGUGACCUCGGCUGGUUAUCUCGGAAUGCUGAACUUGGGCGGCAAGUCCAUCGACAUGAUGCAGGUAGUCCAGGACGGCCCCUUGAUCAGCCAUCACCUCCAGGACUCGGCUAGUGGGCCUGCUGGCGAGCGAUCGACUGCCUCCGCCACCGAUCGAAACCGGCCCUUUGCCAUGGUGCCUGUUGCUCGUCCGGACCAGGACGAAGAGGUGGCGCCCUUUGGGUGGAGCAUGAUGCACCGCUCCACGCGAGUUCGGGUGCCUGGCCUGAACGCCCGUCGCUCAUAGGCUCAGAGUUGAGUGCCGCCCAGGAACCGCCCCAUCGAACAAUGCUCCCGUGCAGGCACCCGUGUCUGUGAUCGGCAAAUUGGCGAGAAAUGGCAUGCGACCAUAUUGAACCUCCAAACCGCCAAUAA